UUAUUUAUUUAUAAAAAAAUUUUGCGCGGGCGACGGCGAACCAUUUUAAUACUAUACACACACUAAACCGGUUGUUGACCUCUGGCGAGGGCGCGCGGUCGAGCGCGAGAGCGACGGCGGCGGUGGCGGCGGCAGUGGCAGCGGCGGUAGCACCGUCGACGGCAGACGUGCCGCCGACUCGGUCACAUCUCGGAUCGCCGCCUCCACCGUCUCAACCACCUCAGAUGUCGUCGGACUCGGUUGCCAUCGCCGGGACAGCCACCGAUGACAUCCGCCACUACCGGCACCACCACCGUCAUCAUCAUCACCAUCACCUCCAUCAUCACGGCAAACGUUAUAAGCGACCACCUCCGUUGCCAUCGUUGCGAAGACCGUUGCCGUCGCCACACGAGACUUUGGACUCGGCGGCGGUGGCCACGCGCGAAACGUUGAACACCGACGCAUAUCACCAUCCGGUCAAGUACACCGGAUCCGUAGCGGUCAACUGUCACGAUCAGAUGGCACGAGUCGAAUUCGUCAGAAAUCUAAUGGCCAAACACAGAAAGGUGCAAAUUGAAAAAGAAGUCUCACUAUUAAUUACUGUAUCCGGUAUUAAAGUAUGCAGUCCAGAUGGCAAGGAGGUUUUAAUGGCUCACGGACUCAGGAGAGUUUCGUACGCUACGUGCGAUCCGGGUUGUAAACAAUUUUGUUUCCUGGCCAGACAACCUGGUGGUCAUAUCAACAAACAGUACUGUCAUUUGUUUGUUACAAAGACGGCUGAACAGGCUGAGGGAUUAAAUUCGAUUGUGGGAAAUGCGUUUAGAAUGGCGUAUGCUGCCCAACUGGAGCUGGAAAGACGAUCGGUGACGAACUCGCCAAAAUCCAAUUUGAAUAAUACUUCAUGGAUGAAAUUAAAUGAUAAAUUAAAUGUACAAAGAAUCCAUAAUGGAUCUCCUCUAUCGAAGAAACUUAUUGAAACUCCUAAACCAACUCCACCAGCCACCUUACCAGGCGUACGUCCUUUUGACCAUAGCAAAGGAUUAGAUCUCACGCCAGGACAACUUUCUACACCAACUAGUAGUGAUGACAGUCCAGAUUUAAAUACAUACAAACGUAUGUUAGAAAAACCCCCAUUAAUUAAACGUAUAGCCAUGGGUUUAUCCGUACAUAACAACUGCUCUAACGAAGACUGGUAUCCACUAGUUUGUAGCUCUUCUGUAUCAAGCUCGCCAUCUACCAAUAGUGAUGAUUGUAGUACUCCUGAAUCUUCUCAAGAAAAAUUAAAAGACAAUAGUGUACGAUCACCGGACUCGCCUUCAAGUAUCAAUCUUAAAAAUAAUUUGCUAUCAAACAAUAUGGACAAAACUCCAACUCCUCCGCCCUUGCCAGAACGAUCAGAUAGUCUUUUGGAUAAACCAGAAGAAUGUGAAUUAAAAAAAGCACCAUGGUUUCAAGCCGGAAUUCCAAGAGAAAUAACGCUGGAAGUUUUGGGACAAGAACCAGUAGGAGCUUUUAUGGUUCGUGAAAGCACUACUAAACCAGGAUGUUUUGCAUUAUCAUUAAGAGUACCUCAAGAAUUUCAUCCUUUAGGAAUUGCUCAUUAUCUAAUACUCAGAACAAACAAAGGGUUUAAAAUUAAGGGUUUUACGAAGGAAUUCACAACGUUAACCGCAUUAAUAACGCAUCAUUCAGUAAUGCCAGAACUACUACCUUGUCCCUUGUCUUUGAGCCGAUACAAUCCAACAUUUGUAAAAUCUGAUUCCAAUCAGGAUUUUGCAGAUAUUGAUGCAGAUCCAGAUUACAAUACGCUUGCAGACUUUAGAAAAAUGAUGGCUGAUUUAAACGUAUAAAUUUUUAAAGUUUUAAUGAAACAAAGCAGUAUUAUAAUAAUUUAAAAAGAUUAAUAU